CAGGAUAUACCCAGGACCGUUCUUAAAGACUGCCCACGCCUGCCUCUACCAGGAUUUACCACCUCUGGAUUCUCGUUCUCCUCGACCACGGCUGUAAUCAAGGUUGCCCAUGACAUUGCUUCACGCAGCCUGGAGUAUACCACAAUGUGUCUGCAGUAUAAACCAACAGCAGUUGCUUGUUUCUGCCUCCAGUUAGCUUCUCACUGGACAAAUUGGGAGAUGCCUCAGCCGAAGGACGGUAAAGCUUGGUUUCACGAAAUUGACGAAACCCUCACCCAGGAGCUCAUCAACCACCUGGUUGCCAAGUUUCGUCAUCAUGUUGGGGACUAUUACCCACAUCUUCGGGAUAAAAUAAUAUCCUUUUGUUUGCGAAACAGUCCAUUCCGUCCUUAUCCUAGUCCUUCUGACUCCCCGGGGAGGCAGCCUCCCAAGGUAGUUAACCCCGUUCCCGUAUCGGAAUCCCACCCCCUUCCUUCAGGUCCUCCCGAGCUGAAAAAAUCCCUCGAUACUGAAUUACGAGUCCCUCCACUCCAUUCCCACCCUGUACAACACGCUCCAUACCAUCUUCACCCCCUGCCAAGCCCUCAGACAGAUAGAAAAAAUCAUGAAACCUCUGAAAGCUGUAACCAAAACCCCACAGAUGCCAAAUCACGUGACCUUCCCAAUAUUCGUCACCAGAGUAUUCACAACUCUUCAAGUCAUCCUUCAGCUGAUCCUGAACACCACCAUCCUGACCAUCAUCCCCGUCAUCUCGCCGACCACUCACCCCACGAGAAGCCACCAAACUCAUCCGAAAAUCACUUAAAUACUCAAAAUACCCAUAAGACUCCUCAAACCUCCUUCAUAACUCCUCCGGAAAGCCAUCCCAGGAAUCACGUGGAGCAUUUGCAGCAGCCAACAGACGAUAAUUCCCUCCAAAUAAGUCCAGAUCUUCAAAGCGUAGGAUAUUCAAAGGAAAAAAUCGUCACCUCAAUAGCUCCAGCGGUUCCCAUUGUUGAGUCAAACCUCGAAGUAUCUGAUGAUCUCCUGGCGAUGGUGCCACCCGAGAACUUUGAUUUCGAAAACACCUUCAGGAACGUGAUUGAGAGUUUGACAUCGAUGACAAACUCGGACGCUUCUAGAUUAUGUAAAUCAGACCCGGAGAAAACUGAAAGCACCCAGGAACCAUCCUGGUCGCUAUCUACAUUCGAUUCCACAGACUCGGGAAUAUUUUCUCAAUCUUCAAGCCAACCAUUGGGUCAAGGCAACGUUCCUCAGGAGUCAGAUGCUCCAUUAAAACGAUUGCAAGAAAUUUCGGAGCCAGUCAAGUCAUUCUCAUCGAUUUUCGAUCCCCCAGAUGAUGUAAACGAAACACUUGUACAGAAGUUUGAUGAUAAUUGCAAUGAUCUUUCGGAUAGUCAUAAGAAGAAGAAGAAAAGUAAGCACAAAAAGGAGAGAAAGGAGAAGAAAAAAUCUAAGAAGAGGGAGAGGACAGUAUCACCGAUUAAACUUAAAAUUCCACGUGAGAAACUUGGUAUUUUGGGAGACAAGAUCGAUAAGGACAUCGGAUUGGAGGGCUCGAGACGUAGGAAGAGACAGAGCGAGACCCACUACGAGGUAGCGAGGAAGAGAUGUCAUGGAGAUAAAGGAGAGAGAAUACGACUGACAUAUGAGGAAGUUGAUUAUAUAGAGCCUUAGACAGGUUUCUACUGUACAAAAUUAUUUUUAAGGAUAAGAGAUGGUUGAAGUUACCAGAUCUAUAAUGUAUAGCGAAAAUUUUUGUAUAAUUUAUUAACUGUUCCUCCGUUAUUUCGACGAAGGGAGAGAGGGAAGUUUCUCAAUAACCUGAUUAAGGAGGUAAUCAGGAUAGUGAUGGACCCAGAUUUUAGAUACGAAUAGUCAGGAUUUUGACGUAAUUCAUUUUUUUACACUCAUAAAUCAAUUUAAAUAAAGUAAAACUAUAGAAUGUUGCAAUUGUAAUAUAAUUAAUUUCGUUGUAUUUUAAAUGGAAAUUAAAACAUUUUAUUCAUGGUU